AUGAGUGCUGCUAAACCACCGCGUCCAAAACCAACAUCUAAUAGUACAGCAAUAACAAAAUCAAAAAUUGGUGGUAAUGGAACAUCUGGAGAUACACGAUCAAGAAUUAUGCGAUUGGGAUCAUCGACAUCAUCGACCGGACCAACUUCAGCUGCUACCUCCAGUGGUGCUGUUGAUGAAGCAGUAUUCCUUGAAACAUUUGAAUCAACACCAGAAGUUCAAUUAUUAUCUGGAAAAGACGUUGACCAACAAUUAUCAAAUGUACGUGAAACAUUAGCAGAUACGAACAAUGAUUGGGAAAAAAGAGUAGAUGCUUUAAAACGAUUACGAUCGAUUAUUGUUAGUGGUGCAGCCGAUUAUGACGAGUUUUUUAAAAAUAUGCGACAACUCGAUUUACCAUUGGCAACAACGGUCAAAGAUUUACGUUCACAAAUUGUUCGAGAAGCUUGUAUUACAUUAGCAUUCAUGUCCGUUAAAUUAACAAAUCGUUUUGAACGUACAGCUGAAGGUGUUAUUCCAGCAUUAAUGAAUUUAAUUCAAAAUAGUGCAAAAGUGAUAUCUACAAGUGGAAUUGUUGCCAUGCGUUUUAUUGUUGAUAAUACUCAAUCAUCUAAAUUAGUACCUCUCAUACUAGGAAAUUUUGAAUCAAAAUCAAAAGAAAUAAGACGGCAUACAUGCGAGUUAUUACUACAUAUGUUAUCUCAUUGGGAUCGUACCCAUUUAGAUAAACACGGUCAAUUGAUUCAUGAUUCAAUUAAAAAAAGUUUGUCCGAUCCUGAUCCAGAAGCAAGACAAAAUGCAAGAAAAGCAUUUGGUUUAUUUCGUGAAUAUUUUUCACAAUUAGCUGAUCAAUUAUUGAAUACAUUGGACGCAUCGAAGAAAAAAAUGCUUUUGGGCGAAAUGAGUAAUUCUUCUAGCACACAUUCAUUAGCAAUUGGUGGAAGAAUGAAAAGCGCAAAAGAAACUACGCCUAGAUAUCAAACAGCAAAUGAUAAACAAUAUUCACCAGGUGUAUUAGCAAGAUCUUCCAGUGCCAAUGAAUUAGCGUCAAGAAAUUUUGCCAAAGACAAUGCAACAUCAAUGACAACUUCAACAACACCAGUUGUUCCAUCACCACUAAUUCGACCACGACCUGUUCAACCACAAUCUAUCUAUAAACAAUCUUCCACCACGGCAGUAUCUUCGACUUCUCGACCACCCAUCACUUCACAAUCACAACCAGGAAGUCGUUCAACAUCUCCAACAUUAAAAGCUCAUUAUCUAACACAUCAUAAUAAUAAUCGAACACCAACAAAUGGUCGUUCAAGAAUACCAGUAUCGGGAAAAAUAUCUAGUAGAGAAUCAAGUCCGGGAAGAACACGACCAUACGGGGUACGUCAAGGUUCAAAUGAUUAUGAUUCAAAUCAUUUUGGUGUGUCGAGUCAACGUCGUGGUGCAUGGGGAGCGGAUAGUGAUGAUAAUGCAUCGGAAACAUCAAGUAUAUGUUCAGAACGUUCAUUAGAAGAUGUUGCUGAUGUUUUACGUCGAAUGUCCAGUAAUGAAUGGGCAGAACGUAAAGAAGGUUUAACAACACUCUAUCAUAUGAUACGUUCUGGUCGAGUUUUUAGCUCACCAGAAAUUAAACGAAUAACAGAAAUAUUUUCAAAACGUUUUCAUGAUCCACAUACUCAAGUAUUCACAGCAUUUCUCGACGUAUUACCAGAAUUUAUCGUUAAUUAUAAACGAGAAAUAAAUGAAUGGCUCUAUACAUUACUGACAAAAUUAUUGGGUCGACUGGGAAAUGAUCAUUUAGAAUCAACAUAUAAAAAAUUAAAACAUUGCUUAAACGUUGUCAAUCAAUCAUUUGAUGUUCAUCAACAAUUUACCAUUUUAACACGUUUUAUUAAUGAUAAUUCUUUGGCACCGGGAGUUAAAGCAAAAGAAGUUUUAUUACGUCAUUUACAACAAAUUAUUCAACAUAUGGAACCAGUUGAUAUUGCUAAUAAUGCCGAUGUAAGAAUUGCAUUAUCAAAAAUAAUGAAUUGGUCAGUGGAACCAAAAUCAAAUGAAGUUAGAAAGGCAGCACAAGGUGUUGUUUUAGCAUUGUACAAUUUAAAUCGUCCAGAAUUCACACUUAUGUUAACCAGUCUACCAGAUACAUAUCAAACUGCUGCUUCUAAAAUUAUUCGAUCUGUCACCGAUAAAUAUUCAUCAACAUAUUCAAAUCAAGAUAUGAAUUUUCUUCAACGUUCAAAUAGUGGUGUUCCAUCUCCCAUGACAACUUCAGUAAAUUCAUUAUUAAAUUCAGAUAAUAAUCAUGAUCAAUUACAUCAACAAACAUCACAAACAACUUAUUUGACUGAUAUGAGAGUUUUAAUGGAAAAUAUGCAAGCAUUAAAUAUUAAUCAUAGAAAUGAUGAUUUAUUGACAAGUUCAAAUUCAUUAAAAGAUAGUGGAUUUCAAGAUAUGGCUAUAAGAAAUGGUCGACAAUAUACACCGCAAUUAUAUCGAUCAAAUCGUGCACAUAAUACAACAGAACACUCAGAUAGUAUAUUAAAUGCUUCUGAUCGUACAGCUGCUAUUGAUUCAUCUCUUGAUAUUGCCAAUAAUACAACAUUGAGUAAAGAACAACGAUAUAAUGCCAUGCGUUGUAUUCUAAAAUUUUCUAAAGUAAACGAUAAUGAAACAUGGGAUAUUGCAUUUACAAAAACAUUGAAUGUUUUGACACAAAUCUUAGAUAAUGAUAAUGAUGAUAUGACAUGGAAAGUUUACAGUUUAAGAAUAAUUCGUGAACUGUUAAUUCAUCAUACUAAUUUAUUUAUGAACUAUGUUGAAUUGACAAUUAUUCGAAUAUUAAAAGCACAAAGUGAAACCGAAAGUGAUAUUACACGUGCAGCAGAAGCCGCUGCAUUAGCGGCUGCUGAACAUUUACCAUCCGAAGGUUGUGUACGUGUAUUAAAACCAAUUAUUGAAACAGCUAAAUAUCCAAUGAAUCAAGCAGCCAUAACAAUGUUACAAAAAACAAUUGAAUUAAUGAAUAAAGAUGUUUGUGCAAGAUUAAUGCCAGAAAUGAUUCCACCAUUACUUGCUGUUUGGGAUAUACAUUCUCGUGAUCUUGAUGUCUCAUGGGAUAGUGAAACGUCAAGUGUGCGAAAAGCAGCUGUAUUUUGUUUAGUAGCUGUAUUUUUAGUUGUUGGUGAAUCAUUACGAACAUAUUUACAAAAAUUAAGUGCUAGUAAACUAAAACUAUUAAAUGUUUAUAUAAGCAAAGCUGAACAACAACGUACAGUGGAAAAGAAUACAAAUUCAUCGUCAUCACCUACAACGACUACAAAUGGAAAAUUUUAA